UCCUGGUGUAUGUAAGGCAAGGACUUUAGUGCUGGGCUACCAUGUCGGGUCCAAAACAUUCCUUGAAGUUUUACUGACUUUUGAUUGAGUAAUGACAUUUACAUCACAAGGCUCUGGUCCUGUUUAGAGCUAAGCUGUGGAAUACAUCCUUGUUGCUUUUUUCAUCACUGCAUGACUGAUUUCUUUGGAAUCCAUAAUUACUGCCCCAAGUCCCUUCAUUUGCUUUAUUUUCAAGGUGGUUGUUAGAAAUUCAAUACUACAGUCUGCCAGCUGUUUAAAUCUAUUUUCGGUACAUUUAUUCCAAUCUAUUAUCCCAUUAGUUUUAUCUUCUUAAAGACAUCACUUUCAGGGUCUUAGGAGGUGUGGUAUGUACUGUGGUAGUCUGGGAGCCAUUACAUUAUGUCAUGUCCCUCUGUUACAAUCCUGGUGGAUUUCCUUUCAUUUUAAAGUAUGUUAAAUCCCCCUUCCAAUUCUUUCCCUUUCUUGUUAAUACUUUAUUUUUGAUGCUAUUGAUUGACCAGUGGCUUUCAGAGAAAAAAGUGCAUCAAGGUAAGUACCUAAGACCUUGCCUGUUUUCCAGUGUUUUUAUUUUGCCAUGAUGUUGAUUAGCAGUUCAUCUGACUGUUUCUCAUCUGGAUUAUAGUUUUCUCCAGGGCUCGGAAGGCCUGGGUCGUGUCUGUUGGUUUCUGUGCAGGAAGCUGCUGUGUUCUCAUUCCAUUCUUUGUAGUUUAUUUACUCUCCCGUGCGCAAGCAGAAGCGAAGCUCCUUUCCUUGUGUUUCAGCCUUUCAAAAUUAACAAGUGAAACUUGGUGUGGCUUUGUUUUCUUUAUAGAAAUAUGAUAUGGAAUGGGAAUGUACCACUGGGACCCUAGCUACUGUACCCAAUACCUGCCCCAAAAAGAAAAUAUUGAAUGAGAGAAAUCAACUAGGUGUGAUUUUGAGGAAUAAAGCAGAUACAUAAGAUUUGCUUGCUAGCAUUCUGAGUGUGUGUGUACAAGUACAAUAUUCUUCACACAUUUCUUUUCCCAUUCCACAGAUUUUUUAAAAGGCCUCCUGGGAUGCGUUACCAUUGCUGGAUGCCUGGUACAUUGCUCAUGCCCGACAGGAGGAUAGGUGCUCUGAGUGGACACAGGAUAUUGCCUGGAGUCAGAGCACUGGAUGAUCCAGACCUGCCUUUAUUCUAAAUGGACCAACCAUUUUCCAUAUCAAGAUGACUUUACACUUCUUCCGAUAAAUGCAGAUUGACAAGUGUCAGAUUCCUUGUUCUCGAAGCCUCCUCAGCUGCCCUUCCCGGACGAGCGUCCCUGCUGGCUGUUUGCGAUGCUGAGGAAGUUGAUACGGAAGAGACUUUUUUUUGGUUCCGCCAAAUGCUUCUUCCUGGUGCUCCUCUUCUCCCUGGUCGCCUUCUCGGUCCUAAGGGUCCAUCAGAAGCCGGAAUUUGUAAGCAUCAGACACCUGGAAUUGGUGGAAGAGAAUCCUAGUCAGCAUAUUAACUGCACUAAAGUGUUGCAGGGUGAUGUUGAAGAAAUCCAGAAGGCAAAACUCGAGAUGGUGACAGUGCAGUUCAGGAAACGGCCGCGGUGGAGCCCGGAGGACUAUGUCAACAUGACCAGUGACUGCACGUCUUUCAUCAAGAGACGCAAAUACAUCACGCAGCCGCUUAGUAAAGAGGAGGCAGAGUUUCCCAUCGCUUACUCUAUCGUGGUUCAUCACAAAAUCGAAAUGCUGGACAGGCUCCUGAGGGCCAUCUAUAUGCCUCAGAACUUCUAUUGCAUUCACGUCGACAGGAAGUCGGAGGAAGCCUUCCUGGCUGCGGUCAGGAGCCUCGCGUCCUGCUUCCCUAACGUCUUCGUGGCCACUCAGCUGGAGACCGUGGUGUACGCCUCGUGGAGUCGCGUCCAGGCCGACCUCAACUGCAUGAAGGACCUCUAUGGCCUGAGGGCCGACUGGAAAUACUUGAUCAACCUUUGCGGGAUGGAUUUCCCUAUCAAAACCAACCUGGAGAUAGUCAGAAAGCUCAAGUCGUUAAUGGGCGAGAACAACCUGGAAACGGAGAGGAUGCCGCCCAAUAAGGAAGAAAGGUGGAAAAAGCAUCACGCCGUUGUGAAUGGAAGGCUCAUAAACACGGGCACGGUCAAGGUGCCGCCUCCCCUCCGCAUCCCUCUCUUCUCGGGCAGUGCCUACUUUGUGGUCAGGAGGGAGUAUGUGGGCUACGUGCUGGAGAAUGAAAACAUCCAGAAGUUUAUGGAGUGGGCGCAGGACACCUACAGCCCGGACGAGUAUCUCUGGGCCACCAUCCAAAGGCUCGCAGAAGUGCCGGGCUCUGUAUCAUUGAGCCCCAAGUACGACCUGUCUGACAUGCAGGCGAUCGCAAGGUUUGUCAAGUGGCAGUACUUUGAAGGUGACGUGUCCAAGGGCGCGCCCUACCCACCCUGCCACGGUGUCCACGUGCGCUCUGUGUGCGUGUUCGGAGCUGGCGACUUGAAUUGGAUGCUGCGGAAACACCACUUGUUUGCCAACAAGUUUGACACAGAUGUUGACCUCUUUGCCAUCCAGUGCCUGGAUGAGCACCUGCGGCAUAAAGCCCUGGAGACCUUAAAACACUAAGCAGUGCAGGUGAUUGUAGGGAUUGUAACAAGAAUGUAUAAACUCUACACCAUGCACUUCUUCUGCCUCGCAGAGCAGUAUCAGAAAACCGGUGUGGGGUCCUCCUUGGGGAGGAGGCCCUAGAGUCGUGAUGUCGCCGAAGCUACAUGUCUUCUGCACAGGCUAACGGGUGGGAGUGUCUGAAGCAUUAAAUGUCUACCCAGGGAGGGACAAGGAGCCAGGAGAGAGGAAGCCAGGGUGGCCGAAAUGAGCCUACUACAAACUCAGGGACUUUCACAGGAGGUGAAGGGUCGAUUUAUGCCAACAAGUGUCUUGAGAAUUUUAGCGAUCAAAAUUUCUUUAUGGAAUAAAUGUACAGCAACAGUCGUAAUGAUGCUGUGUAUCGCCCAUGUUCUAUUUGUUGAAAUGGAAAAUUGAUUUUAUUCUCAACGAUCCUUUAUUUAAACAAUGUACUGUCUGCUGUGAUUCCGUGCUGUGUAGUGUGUUGUUUCUGUUUCAUCUCAGGGAACUUGAAAUGAACUGGAUGUAACGUUAAUAUUCCUGUCGUAUUUUUGUUUCUAACGAUGCAUAUGUUUUCAAAAACAACAAAGAAGUGGCAAUUUCUACUUGAGUCAAUUUCUACAUGUCGUCUUAAGCUGUUAGAAAAAUUGGAGAGUUUUGUUUUGUUUUCCAAGAAACUACACUCGGCUUUUCCGAAUGUUCGUUCCUGUAUACCAGCCUCUUUGUAUACCACCUCUCUGAGGUGACCUUCGCCUGAUUGCCAGUAGCCAGCGCAGAGAACUGAGACAGCGAGUAAGUACUACAGGAGGGAAACAGAUGCAGAUUGAUGUAGGUAAUUUCUGAGGUCCCCAGUGAGUUCUAAAAAACCAGCAAUUGGUAUUAUUCCCAGAAACGAAGACUCUAGCUGGUUGAAUUUGCCGUAUCCCCGUGUUUACAAGGUCACCUGCACCUGCAUUGGAAGGACAUGGCCCCUGUCCUUUUGUCCUCAUAGCUUCUGCCCACUGAUGUUUAGUUGCUUCCUCUCAUGGACUCCUGGGAGGAGGGAGAAAGUUUGCUGCUGUUUUACAUAAAGCUUUGGGGAGGCCUAGGACGGGAAGUUACGUUUAGGACAGAUCAUUUCUGUAUUGGCUGUGUUGGUAUUACAGCACAUGGCUUUUACUUCCUCCAUUUUUGUCAGAAGUCAGAUGGUUUUAGUCUCAUUGUGGUACUGUCUCAGGUCUCAGAGAGGAUGAAGAUUUGGAAAAAAACGUCCGUCUGGUUACUUUCUUGAAUUGAGACUGAUAAGGCAAAGGGCUUUCAAGCACAGUGAAGUCUUGUAAUUUCACAUUAGACUUUGAACAAGGUCAAAACUACAGGGUUUAUAGCCACUACCUGCUUAAAUGGAAAUUCUCAGUAUCAGAUAGUAUCAAGGCAUUCAACUGGAGAAACAUUU